AUGUCAUUGGGUGAUGAACAGCCAUUGGUUCGUCAAUCAAGACAAACUGGUCAGUCUGCUCAACAACAGUCGCUACAACCAAAACCUCAUUCGCCUAUUGUGCAACAGAAUUCAAGUUUGUAUCAGUUCGAGUCGGGAAUCCUUGAAAAUCUGUUGCAUGAUGUUGAUACUAUGAAUGAUACUGUCAGAGUUGGACGCCAUGCAAAACAAUCGUUUAUGUCGAGUCAAGCCUGCGACUCGGAUUCCUUGUGUGAUGAUGACAGCCAAACCGAUACUGACAGUGAAUACUCCGAGUCCAUACACAGCAAUGACUCGGAUAUAUCCGUUGAUGGAUACAUUGAUUCUGUAAAUGAUCGCACUGCAACAGUGUUUGAUAUUGAUCAAGAGUCGAGAAAGUCAUGCGAUAGUCAAUCCGAAACCAGCAGUGAUGAAAUUGAUACUAUUGAAUCCAUGAAUACGCAUGCAAACAGUCAAUUGAUGCUAGAUCGUCAUGCAGAAUUCCGAUUUCAGCAGAUUCUGAAUGGUGAUUUCACACAACCAUCCAGAUCUGUAUCUGUCGAGCAAGCCUCCAAAAUAUCCAAAUCAGCACUCAAAACACAACGCAAAAACGAUCGUCGCAAAGCCAAAUAA